UCCUCUCUAAAGAUCUCACACAUCUCCAGUCAACCGAAACCUAAAACAAAAUAAACUAGAAAAUAAAAAAAUAAAAAAAAAGAAACAGAAAAUCUCAAUGGAGAGAUCUAAGAUCUUGCUGCUGGUCUCUCUCCAAACCGUAGCCCUCGCCUUCCUCAUCUCGCCGUCUCUCGCCGACGAAGGCGACGUCGUCGUCCUCACGAACUCCAACUUCGAGAAGGAGGUCGGCCAGGAUCGCGGCGCCCUCGUCGAGUUCUACGCCCCUUGGUGCGGUCAUUGUAAGAAGCUAGCUCCUGAGUUCGAGAGGUUAGGUGCAAGUUUUAAGAAGGCAAAAUCUGUAUUGAUUGGAAAGGUGGACUGUGACGAGCACAAGGACAUCUGCAGCAAAUAUGACGUUAAAGGAUACCCCACAAUCCAAUGGUUUCCAAAAGGCUCCUUGGAGCCAAAAAAGUAUGAAGGUGCUCGGACUGCAGAUGCCCUCACUGAGUUCGUGAAUACGGAAGGAGGAACUAAUGUAAAGUUGGCAACAGUCCCAUCAAAUGUAGUGGUAUUGACAUCGGAGACCUUUGAUGAGGUUGUUCUAGAUGGAAAGAAAGAUGUUCUCGUGGAGUUCUAUGCACCAUGGUGUGGUCAUUGCAAAAGCCUUGCUCCAACCUAUGAGAAUGUCGUGAUAGCUAAUCUUGAUGCCGAUAACUACAAGGAUUUGGCAGAGAAAUAUGGAGUCAGUGGAUACCCUACGUUGAAGUUUUUCCCAAAAGACAACAAAGCUGGCGAAGACUAUGAUGGCGGGAGAGAUCUAGCUGAAUUUGUCACUUUCAUUAAUGAAAAGUGUGGCACCAGUCGUGAUGCAAAUGGCCGUCUUACUUCCCAAGCUGGUAUAAUAGCAGGUUUAGAAGCUCUUGUGAAGGAAUUUACUGGCGCUGCUGAUGAAGAGAGGAAGGCCGUUCUUGCUCGAAUUGAAGAAGAGGUUGGAAAGCUUGAGGGUUCUUCAGCAAGGUAUGGCAAGGUCUACUUGAAGAUUGCAAAGAGCUCUGUUGAAAAAGGUGCUGGCUAUGCUAAAAAAGAAAUCGAUCGACUCCAGCGCAUGCUAGAAAAGUCAAUCAGUCCUUUGAAAGCAGACGAGUUCACCGUCAAGAAGAACAUCCUAUCCAUUUUUGCUGCUUGAGCUUGAAGAGCCCCACAUCCCGCGCUUUUUCUGAGAGAAGGAUAUUUUGAAGCCAAGAUUUUAGCGUCGCCAUUAGAAAAACUGAACUAGCUGUAUAAGACUUCCGUAUCUUAUACACCUUUUAUCGAUGAGGAAUUAUCAUUAUUUGCCAUGCUUAAUUGUGUUUCUAGUUUUGUUUGUGUGGCUCAUUCAUGAUACAAGUAUUAUGUGCUUGGACUCUAUUUGCUUUUAGCUGCAUUGAGUAAAAUUGCAAUGCCUGGAAA